CGAGUUUAACCCGUACACCUCCGCUUUAGACGGGGAUAUGCACUGAGAGGAAGCAGGCAGAACAGCUUUGGCGCAUAUGGACAGUGGACACUGCAGUAAAAGAGAAUCGCUGAGACGGGCGGCAGGUGCAGUGCACACAAGACCGCACCACGGGGAAUUAACCGACCUAAUGAACGACUGCUCAGCAUUUGGGCCGAAACGGACACGGAUUUGUGAUUAUUCACUGGAUCGGGUGUAAAAUGCUGGUGAAACUGAAUAGGAUUUCAAAUGAAUCCUGGUACGUUUUAAGACAUUGUGGGUACGGAUAAGAAGCGGUGCUCAGCUUGUCAAUUAGUGAUCAAUUCGUAUAUGGAGAGACAGGCAUCGUAUUAAGUUGGUUAGAGCGUAAGUAUGUGCCACAGCUAUCUGGGUUGAGCGUUUCUGAGAAGUCUAUAUUGGCCGCAGUGUUACGAGUAUGAUGUUAGUUGAUUUAAUGUUUUUGUGAUGGUGAGGCGUUGGACAGAAAACUGAGACUCUCCCUUUAGGACGCCUUAGUCGUGUGACUUGAAGCGGUAAUGUUGAGCUGGACCAGUUCAUCGAGGACACCUUUGCGCUCCGCCACCACUGAUUACAGCACCAAGCAACGUUAAAACCCAAGCGACAGAGUAUACUGGAACCGACGAGGGAUGGAUUGCUCCCUGUUGGUUUUCUCUAUUCAGGAGGACAGUGCGUGACGAGAAACUGCGGCUCCAGAACGCAUGGAAAGACUGGAUCAAUAAUAAUUUCCCAGAGGCUUUUACCGCAAAAUACCGAGGACGCGAGGAGCUGGGAGACAGACUCACGUCGAGAUGGAAAACGAAGGGAAGAGUAUUUCGUCGCGUUUGGAAACGGUGUAGACGCGUCUUAUCAUUAUAGCGGGAGCAGAAACGCGCAAUUGCAAUCAAGGACCGGUUUAGCUGCCUUGGAUAUGGGAGGACGCUCUGGGCGCUAUUAACAAGAAACCGCUGGAGAAUAAAGGUGUAUGCGCCAAGAUACGGAGAGCCGUCCAAAAUGGGCCCGGUUUGCUGGUCCGAUUUAGGAGCAUAAAGAGAGAUCGCGUUGCUGUGGACCUCAAAUAUAUGCUUGUUAAUGAAAAGGGAGUAAUUUAUGGUGACAGGUAGGCUGAACGGAAGAAACGGAGCGGGGGAUCAGCGCGCACAGAAGUGUCCGCGUAUCUGGUCGAUUUGGCAUUGAGAGAAGUUGCAAUGCAUGGAGCGCGGGCGUGGGAAAUGAGAUGAUCAUCGUUAAGAGCGUCUCACGCUUUCAAGACACGGCUAAAGAUAAGCAAUAUUUAUGGCUUGAGUGAGGAAGGUUAUCUCACGCCAUGAGGGAGAGAAGAGGCGAGAGAACGAGACCUGGGUUGUUCGAGAAGACAUGCGCGUAACUCCCAGCAGCCAGUUUAGUAUUGCGGUGGAUUUAAAGGUUCAACUUUUUCUCACCCCAUUCUCAUUCGGUCAUCUCUCCGAGGAACUGCUCAGCAAGAAAAUGUCUCCCAACCACUUCUCUCCGGUAUGAGUCAUGAAUGGUGUAUGGCCAGGAAACAUCGUCCCUGCUGCGACAUUUGACAUUCAGCUCCACGUUUGAAAAGGCGGAAUUAAAAGAGGAUGCGCUGGGAGACAGAGGAUCACAACGCUGACUCAUUGUUUUUGGUCAUCUUCAUGAAUAUUGGCUCAUAUUCCUCUCUUUAGUGUUUCCCUUUUGCAGCUGGACUUGAAAAGAUACCAUGACUCUGAGUGACUGAUGAACGCACUUCAGUUCCAGUGUCAGGGGAAAAGACCAUGGAUGAAUAGAUAUCAUUUUUAUCUCUCACUUUUUCAUAACAGUUUGAAUCGCUGAAUUCCGUAUCGACAAUGAGUUUCAUCUUAACAGAAGUCUCAUCUGAGCAGUCACAUGGUGAAACUGGUGAAAAACUAACAAUUUGCUGACUCAGGAAUUCAUAUCCAUCUUCUUUUGUCUGAAUGGGAAUUUGUGUCAUGGAUUAUCAUAAGAACCCAAUCCUUUGACUCCAAGAACUGCACCUGCUUUUAGCAGAAUUUACCAGGAGAGUAAAAACAGCGUGAACCCAUUCAGUUUCCUCUUUCAACAGUCUCAACCCUAGUUCUCUCUCCCCCCCACUUGCAUCACGUGGGGGGGAGAGCUCCCACCAUCGGGGUGAUCCCAUACCCCCACCCCCCCCCCCGUCCCAUCGGCCCGGAAGUCGGCAACCUUUGCAAGGUUCCCUCGAGCAUGGAUGCGGGCCAGGGCAGCCCCGAGAGCCCCAACCGGGCGGUGGAGUACCUGCUGGAGCUAAACAACAUCAUUGAGAGCCAGCAGAAGCUGCUGGAAACGCAGCGGCGUCGCAUCGAGGAGCUCGAAGUGCAGCUUGACCGCCUCAGCCAGGAGAACAAGGACCUGCGUCUGGACAGGCAGCCCUGCCCACCCCCACCCCCACCUCCACCACCGCCCACCGCCAGCUCUGUCUCCAACCAUGCCCACAGCCAUCACGGGCAUCCGACGGCCGCCGCCAGCCACAACAGCGGGCCCUCCCCGGCUCUGCCUCCUCCACCUCCACCGGUGCCACCACGGGACCGGCGCGUCAACAUCAAUGCGCACGCCCGGUUAGCACGCGGCCUGUCGACCGGCUCCAACCCAGCAGAGAGGGACAGGGAGCGCGAGCGGGACGGCUCUGGCACCGGCGUGUCCGCCACACUGCAGAGACAGCCAGAUGGAGACUCCAACAAAGACAGUGUGGAGGGAGACCCUCACUGCGGGGACACGGGUAGUUUCUCCGACAGCUCCUGCAGCCAGGGCCCCUACUUGGGGGGCUUGGACCGGUACGGGAAGCCUAGUGGAGAGCCUCCAGGCCCUCAGGGGCCCCCCGUGGCCCCCUCGAGCCCGGCGAGCCUUGCCUGGGCCCAGCGCACGCGCCACCAGCCCGCCAGCCUGGCUCUGCGCAAACAGGAAGAGGAGGAGAACAAACGCUGUAAAGCGCUGUCAGACAGCUAUGAGCUCUCCACAGACCUGCAGGACAAGAAGGUGGAGAUGUUAGAGCGGAAAUAUGGUGGGUCCUUGCUGAGCAGAAGAGCAGCCCGCACCAUCCAAACAGCCUUCCGGCAGUAUCGCAUGAACAAGAACUUCCAGCGUCUGCGCAGCUCCGCCUCGGAAAGCCGCAUGACUCGGCGCAUUAUCCUCUCUAACAUGCGCAUGCAGUACUCCUUCGACGAGCGUCAGCCGCAGGUGCAGUCCCAGACCCAAUCCCAGGCUCAGCAGCAGCGUUACACCCCCGCAAACCCACCCACCAUGGGCGUGGCCAGCCAGACGGGCGCCGGGGCCACCGAGCAGGAGGCCGGCUCGCCCUCGCAUUCCGACCAGGAAGAGUACAGCCGCAGGGACGAUGCCUUUAGCAAACAAGUGACGUCCCUAGCAGACUCCAUGGAUGACACGCUGACAUGCCAGUCAAGCCGCGGCGACUCACAGGAGGGCGCAGGCGACGACUUCACCGAGUGUGUGUGGAGCAGCAAGGCGUCGUUGGUGUCACGGCGUGGGGGCGGGGCCGAGCGGGGCCGGGGUGGGGCCAUGCUGGGGGGCAUGCACGAGGACAGCACGGCCACGUCCUACAGCGACGUGACGCUGUACAUGGACGACGGCAUGCCAGCUUCACCCCUGUCCAUCGAGCGUGCCCCCAGCAGCACAGACACGGAGUACUGGGGCAUGGGCGCAGGCCCGGGCGUGGGCAGCCGCGAGGACAGCCGCGAGACGGAGGGCAGAGGUAGCAGCACCAGCCGGCGCAGCACGCCAUGCACGGAGUGCCGCGACUUCCGCCUGCGCGGCGCCCACCUGCCCGUACUGACCGUCGAGCCGCCCAGCGACAGCUCCGUGGACAUGAGUGACCGCUCCGACCGCGGCUCCCUCGGCCGGCAGCUGCUCUACGAGCAGGAGCCGGCGGGCGGAGGGGGCGGGGCGGGCGGAGGGGGCGGGGCGGGGGGAGGAGCCUCGCCUCAGGGAACGCUCAAACACAACCCGGCCGCCCGCUCCGCCAGCACCUGCACAGCGCAGGGCCAGACCCGCCCCGUGGGCCGGCCCAUCCCCUCGCCCCUGCCCACCCACCUGCCCCACCACGCCAUGCUGCUGCACCACCAGCACGCGCCGCACCCUCCACCGCACAUGCACCACCCGCUGCACCACCACCACCACCACCCGGCCCUCCCCCACCUACACCACCCGUACCCGGAGCCCAUCCCGACGUUGCCUUCCCAGCCUCCGAUCACACCUCUCUCCUCUUCCUCCUGCGCACCCCUGCCCUCCGCCGGCUUGGAGCCGUCCGACGGCGACAACGACUCGCUCAACUCCACCACCAACUCCAACGAGACCAUCAACUGCAGCUCGGGCUCAUCGUCACGCGACAGCCUGAGGGAGCCGCUCCCCCCGCUGGGCAAGCAGACGUACCAGAGGGAGAGCCGUCACAGCUGGGACUCGCCCGCCUUCAACAACGACGUGGUGCAGAGGAGGCAGUACCGCAUCGGACUCAACCUCUUUAACAAGAAGCCAGAGAAGGGCAUCCAGUACCUGAUCGAGCGCGGCUUCGUGUCUGACACUCCGGUGGGAAUCGCACGCUUCAUCCUGGAGAGGAAAGGUCUGAGCCGUCAGAUGAUAGGCGAGUUCCUGGGCAACCGGCAGAAGCAGUUCAACAAGGACGUGCUCGACUGCGUGCUGGACGAGAUGGAUUUCUCCGGCAUGGACCUGGACGACGCCCUGCGCAAGUUCCAAGCUCAGAUCAAGGUCCAGGGGGAGGCGCAGAAGGUGGAGCGCCUGGUGGAGGCCUUCAGUCAGAGGUACUGUGUGUGUAACCCCGCGCUGGUGCGGCAGUUCCAGAACCCCGACACUAUCUUCAUCCUGGCCUUCGCCAUCAUCCUGCUCAACACGGACAUGUACAGCCCUAACGUCAAACCGGAGAGGAAGAUGAAGCUAGACGACUUCAUCAAGAACUUAAGAGGAGUGGACAAUGGGCAGGACAUCCCCAGGGACCUGCUGGUGGGCAUCUACCAGCGUAUUCAGAAGUGGGAGCUGAGGACCAAUGAUGACCACGUGUCUCAAGUGCAGGCUGUGGAGAGGGUCAUUGUGGGUAAAAAACCCGUGCUUUCCCUGCCACACCGCAGGCUGGUGUGCUGCUGCCAGCUGUACGAGGUCCCUGAUCCUAACCGGCCCCAACGGAGCGGGGUUCACCAGAGAGAGGUCUUUCUCUUUAACGACCUGCUGGUGGUCACUAAGAUCUUCCAGAAGAAGAAGGCGUCGGUGACGUACAGUUUCAGACAGUCCUUUGCCCUGGUGGAGAUGCAGGUUCACAUGUUCCAAAACUCCUACUACCCUCAUGGUAUCCGCUUGACCUCGGCGAUCCCUGGCGGCGAGCGGAAGGUCCUGAUCGUGUUCACGGCUCCGAGUCAGCAGGAUCGCACUCGCUUUGUCAGCGACCUGCGGGAGAGCAUCGCUGAGGUGCAGGACAUGGAGAAGUACCGCGUGGAGUCGGAGCUGGAGAAGCAGAAAGGUGUGAUGAGGCCGGGGCUUCUGGGUGGAGAUGUGGGCAGUGGGGUGGGCAGCAUGAAGAGCGAGGUGGUGAACGGCACUCUGGGUAGGCCCAGCCUCGACGACACAUACGCCACAGGGGAGGGGCUUAAGCGCACGGCGCUCAGCUCCUCGCUCAGAGACCUGUCAGAGACAGGAAAGCGGGGUCGGCGAAACAGCGUGGGCUCUUUGGACAGUACCAUCGAAGGAUCCAUCAUUAACAGCCCUCGACCUCAUCAGUGUAUGCCCAUGGGGGGCGCUCUUCCCAGCUGCUACGGCCUGGAAGACUACCGGCCUCACCGCCCCAUCCUGAGCCCCGGAGUAGGGGUGGGGGGUGGGCCGGGGCAGUUACACAACGCCGUGGGGAGCGUUGGGGUGGGGCCACUCCCCGGUACCGUAGAGCAUGCUGGGGGACCGGGGAGCGUCUCUGGCGGGAGCAGCUCCGCCUCUUUCCUGGGCUCCCUGUUUGGCAGCAAGCGCGCCAAGCCCCCUCCUCCCCUUAUACCCCCCGGUCCACACUACCCAGCCCCCGUUCCCCCUCCCACCACUGGGGGACCCCCACCUCCUUCGCCCUCCGCGCUCAGCCAGUCCGAUCCGGGUGGGCCCUCCAAGAUCCAGGCUCUGCACGCGCAGUACUGCCACAACAGCGUAGGCCAGCCCCCUCCGCCGUACCACUACCACCACCGCUACCACGUGCAGCCCUCGGCCGCGCCCCCAACGCCCGCCGUGCACCAUACCCUCCACCGCGGCUCGCUGCCCCGCCGCGGCCCAGCCCCGGCUCAUCUCCAGCAGCAGUUCUCACACCACGGCGUGCAGGGCCGCCACUCCAGCCUGGGCUGCACGCCUCCGCCUCUCUCGCCACACUCACCCCACUCGCCCGGCGUCGCGUUCACCUUCCACCACGUGCACCCCAACCCCAUGCCGCACCCCGCCCGCAUCCCUGGCCCUCCCGGCAAGCUGCCGCUCACGCUGUCCCACUCCCAGCCGCACCCCCACCCGCACGGCCACGCCCUUGUUCAUUCCCACACCCACAGCCAUCCCGGCCACGUCCACGUCCACGGCCCCCACCCUCUGCUCCAUCAUUCCGCCCAUCAGCCUCACUUUAUCUUUGCCCCGCCCCCCCAGGCGCCCUCCGCCAUCACGGCGCGCCACGUCACGCAGGCCGCCGCCCACUACGUGCCACAGUACCCACCCCUGUCUUCUAUCCCGCCUCCUCCGCUGCACUCGCCUUUACCCCCACCUACCUCCCCCCUCACCCCUCUUACUCCGCUCACGCCUCUCUCGCCGCUGCCGCCACAACACCCCCCGGGGCCACAGGGGGGCGGUCAGCUGGUCGUCGGCGGAGGGGCCAACACCAGCACGGUCGGCAGCUCCAAAUCCAAACCUAUCAACCGCAUCAGCACGGUGGUGUGAGACGUAGCAGGCCUCGGAGGGCGAGGGCCCCCCGCCGGAGGAGCCGGAGCCCGGGAAAACGGAAGCACACACUGCUCCACCUCUGCUAUUUCCACAUCAGCUUCCCACAUGUCUAGAGCUGACAAGGGCAGACGGUUGGCCUUCGACCAGGCCGCUAAACGCAUGACAAUGCCGUCCGCUGUCGUUUCAUUCCGGUACUCAUAUCGUCCGAAAAACAAACCCACCGGUUUGGAGGAGCUGCAGGCAGAGAGGAUUAUGGGUUUUCUUUUCCAGAGGUUCACAGAAACUGGGGGUUCUUAUAUGAAGUAGAUGUCAAUGUUGCCAAAGGUAGAAAUUGAGGUUUUGGUGCCAAAUUACAGUGAGUGAGAGAAACGGGGAGUGAUUUAAGAGAUGGCAACGCGGCAAGGAAAGAUGUCGGAAGAGAGUGUCGUCGCACCGCUUCUCUGCUCUUCAGCUGGGCUGACGUGGGAAGCGCAGAACAGGCAGAGGGACCUGAAGUUCUCCAGAAGCAGCGCAGGACAUGCAUAGACUUAAAUGGAACAUACUUUUCUAGGAAUCCUAUUGGCUCCAUUUUGAAAUGUUAUUUUUUGUGUGUGCGUUUCAAGUGACAAUCAUUCCAGGUCCUGACAGUAUUUUUUUUUUUUGGUUUUUGACAAACUUGAGUGACACAUUCCGCCAUACAUUGGACAAAAAUUGCCAGUAUUUAGACAGAAAUGGACAAAGAAAAGGUUGUAUUGCAGCUUUAAAAGCUCCAGCCGUGCACUUUUGAACAAUACUACACUCUGUCACCUCUUAAAGUGUUUUUACUCGAGAACACUUCUGCUAAAAGAAAGUCAUAGGAGCACAUCAUUCAGAAGGCAUCAUUCCAAUAUUUGGGUCACAAGGGGAAGCUUUCAAGAUUACAACAUCACACACACACACAGUGUUUCAAAUCUGCAAUAAGACAGCCAUAAUCCAGUUUAAAUGACAAAUCAUUUUUCAUUAUUUAAAGGUCUCAGUGAUGAUAUGAAGUGGAUUUAUAUUUAAAAUAUUUUGUUCUACCGUUUGUCUCAGUUUAUUAAUAAUAUAAUGAACAGAUGAUGAAAUAUAUUUUUCUCUUUCUAAAUGAAAUUAAAUAAAUUAGAGAAUCAUGAUUUAAUUUAAAUCCCUAAUAACUAGGAUUUGUCUAGUAAGUUUUACAGUGACCCUCUAUCAGUAAAUGCUCAAAUGAGCUAAUUACCUGUUAGUUUGCAACUCACUACAUAGCCUUAGUGCCUAAUGUAAGUGUUUAGGAGGGUUAUGGUGCAAUAACACAUGUUAUUAUUCAGCACCUUCACCUUUUACCCAGAAGACACAACAAGUAAACAGAUAUAGAGAAGAGAAUUUAAAUCUGGGAGAAUUAAUUGUACAGGCCUUGACUUGCUUUGUUUUUUUUUGUAAAGUUACAGAGUACAGUUGCUUGAACUGUAUUGGAAACGUAUGAAUAGAUACUGACAUUCGAGCAUUGUUUGUACAAUAUGAGUCACUGUAUGGUAGAAAUGUGUUUUAUUUUCAUCAUUGCUAUUACGAUGUCAAAUAUUACCAAUAUUAUCCUCGAUAUUUUUGGUGUAACAGUUACUACUAAUAUGAGUGUUGUUUCUGUGCCAGUUUGUUUUCUAGGAGCUUUUUCCAAACUAACACGGUGUGAUUUCAUGUGUACAAACAGAACUUUUUAGAACUGUCCCGGGCUACCUAUUUCAGGAACUUGUUUUGCAGUAAGCUUGAAAAAAUACCCAAAAAAACAACAAAAAAAAAAGAUGACGAAGACAACAUAUAUUUCACACCAAACUCAUUGCCAGAAGCCAUACAGUCUUACUUGAGCAAGCCACUCUUUAUAAGAAUGUCAGGCUGCAUAUCUGUGCCCUCCUGUCCAUAGGCGAAGAGCAUGCUGGUAUGGCACACGCUAAUGCAUUUCGCACGUGAAGGUUGCCAGUGGAAUCUUUUUGUAUGAUGCUUUUACUUCACUGCUAAAACUUCAGAGCUUUUGCACAGUUUGCCCGAGUUCAUCAGUGCAGUGCCUCGAUAUUAGAUCUUUGCUUAUCCCCCUCCCAAACCCUCCAACAUGCAGAGCUCUUAAAAGCGUUACGCCAACAAAACGCCCUCAGAAGAUUUUGACUUUUUGUAUUUUUUGAAAUAUUUUUGGAAAUAAUCUGCCAAUAUGGCUACCUGCCAUAGACUAAUGUCUAAUCUUGGACACAGUUACACUUAGUCUUUAAUAGGGCUUCUUAUUGAAGAGCGAAUGUACAACAGGGUGUGUACCAAAAAAAAAAGGGAUUUACAGGAUAAAUCUGAAAUCGUGUUUUUUUGGUUUGUUUUUUUGCCAAGUGGUGUAAAAUUGACACACACACCCCCCUGCCCUUUGCUCUAUGUCCUCCUAUGAACUGACUCGCUACCACAGACUCCACAGGUUCGUUCUAGUGCAUGCAACAGGUGAUACGAGUCCCAGAGGACACAAUGCCCGUAAAGCUGCCAGCACCCGUCUAGGACUCACGGACCAGUCUAGGACUCACGGACCAGUCUAGGACUCACGGACUAGUCUAGGACUCACGGACCUGUCUAGGACUCACGGACCAGUCUAGGACUCACGGACCUGUCACAGUAGAUUGAGUAGCGUGGGAAAUAUGUGCACCCUUACUCCCGAUUGCAUCGCUGAGGUCUCGGCGCGUGUUGCAUGUUUUCCUGCACUUACCCGAAUGACGCUGUAUAAACCUGAGUGUACAUAUUAGCAUAUAUAAAUAGUCUAUUUACUCUGGAAUGGGCUGUGUUAUACGUGUCUAUAACUGACCAGGAAGGCCGGGGGGCGACGAGCUAUUGUUUACACUUUAGGGCCUGGAGAACAAAAUGUAACUAUAAAGUUGUAUCACGUGCGUGUCAGAGCAGUAUCUAUAUUUAAAGAAAUGAUAUUGUAUGAAGUUUUAUUUGUAUAUAUGUAUGAGGUUUCGAUGCAAACCUGUUUCAGAGAAAUUAUAUGUGAUUAUUUAUUGCUCUUGUUCUAUAAAAUAUGUUCUUGCUGUUGGAAAGACUGUACUUUCUGCUUGAUUACAACCGACUGGGGUCAGUUACUUGAUAUUUGAACACGAGGUGUGUGUUCAUUUUUCUGCAAGUUCCCAAAUAUGGAAUGAUCCAAAUAAUCUGAGCGACAAAUUGUUUUAUACUAAUCAUACAAAAUGGUUUUAUUUUGCUAAAACAUUGUGGGUUUGGACCAUUUCAACAGUACAUUAGAAUUACCACUUAAGAUCAAAUGUAUUUUACAGGCUGUGUAAAUAAGACCAAUUAUAUCAACAGGUAACAAGAGUAAUAAUAUACUUUUCUGACUAGCACACCAACAAAACAGUCAACUAAAGACAGCAAAACUCAUACAAAACUGAUCACAUACAUAGUAUACUUGGCAAUGGAUAUACAACAAUAUAAUCUAUAGAAUAUUUCUGUUAUUGUGUGGUAUACCUCUUGUUAAAAUCAUGCAAAUAUGUAACUGUCCAAAAGUUUUUUUUAAAAAUCACCUUGUAAACAUAAGAGUGGUUAGGGUAAGAGUGGUCAGUAAAGCUGUAUUUUUUAUU